GGCGUGCGGACUCCGCCAUAGCCAAAAACCUUCGCUUCUUCUUCUUCUUCUUCUUCUUCUUCUUCUUCUUCUUCUUCUUCUUCUUCUUCUGCUUCUUCUAUUCUUCUUCUCCUUCGUCGUCGUCUGAGCUGUUUGAAGACUAUGAGGUGUGCGGACGACCAAAAAGUUUCGCUUUUCUGAGAGUUGAAGAUCGAGGCCAGGUCUUCCUCAUGCUGUAGGUGCCACUCAACCUAUCCCGCGUUUCUUUCUAGCAUCCCCCUCUCUCCCCCCCCCCUUUUCUUCUUCUUCUUCUUCUUCUUCUUCUUCUUCUUCUUCUUCUUCUUCUUCUUCUUCGUCUUCAGACGGAAUCACUGCUGUUAUUACCAUCAAUCACAAGGACGAGAGUAGCAAUGCGGAGAAAGACGAUGAUGACAAGGGACGGUGGUGUUCUGCACUGGCCGCUGCGCGUUCCCCUGCUCCUCAUCUUCCUUCUCCCCUUCUUCCUCUCGAGUAAUAGAGGCCAUGGUGGCUAUGGCGGCGACGAGAGAGAGGGGAGACAGAGAGACAGAAGCGAUGGUGGUGGCUUCUCCUUUGCCUGGGCCCAGAGUUAUCCUGCCCCCCCACCCCCACCUGCGGCAGAGUCCUCAGAUUCUGAGCCGCCGUUCGACGAAUUAGGUAUUAGCCAUAGCCAAUCCUCCCCGUCAAUGGAACAUCCAUCGCCAACGAAUGGCUAUGGCGGCAUUUCCACAUCUUCUUCCCUUCCCUCCAACGAUCUCGAUGCGUCUUCUCCCUCAGCUGUCGUUGAGGACGCCGGUACUCCUUCCUUUUCCCUCCCAACCCCUCCAUCUCCACCAUCGCCAGCAAGCUCGUCACUGCGAACUCCUCCAUCUCCUCCAUCUCCACCAUCGCCAGCAAGCUCGUCAGAGCGAACUCCUCCAUCUCCACCAUCGCCAUACAGAAAAGGAACUUCUCCUUCGUCUUCGUCAACCCCUCUCGCCUCCACCCUGUCUCCUUCCCCUUCCUCUCUCUCCUCUCCAUCCCCUUCCUCUCCCUCCUCUCCCUCCUCUCCCUCCUCUCCCUCCUCUCAGACUGCACCUCCCUCUUCUCCAUCUCUUCCAUUUUCGGCUAUGGCGGGUCGAGGUGUUGGCGUCAACCUCGGAUUGGGACAGAGCUCCGUCCAGUUGGAGCCCAGCGCGAUGGUGGGCAUUUUGAAGUCGGUGAACGCGACUUCAGUGAAGUUAACGGAGCGCUGGCAAAAUAACGAGACUCUAACGGCGGGUUUUGCACAAGCAUUGGCGGGAACGGGAAUCGAGCUCGCGAUCGCCAACCCCUUGGAAAAAGUCGGGAUCUGGGCCGACAGCUACGGCGAAGCGGAUCGGUUUGUUCAAAAUUGGCUCAAUACGUUGGCUGGAGAGGUCACGAUCUCCGAAAUUGUGAUAGGCGACGAGGUUUCGCUUCCCGAGCUGAAUGCAACAUAUGCCAGGUCGAUCGUGCCGGCCAUGAAAAAUUUGCACCAGGCUCUGCAGUUUCAUCAUCACGAGACAGUCAAGGUGACCAUACCUCUGAGUCUCAAUGCCCUGAGCGUGACUUCUCCGCCGAGUGCCGGAGCAUUCAACGGGUCGUAUAAGAAUGACACGAUAAUCCCAUUGCUACAGUUCUUGAACGAGACAGGCUCAGCCUUCAUGGUGAACAUGUACCCCUUCGGUCUGCUGAAGGCUGGCGCCAUUUCUCUCUCUGAUGCCCUUCAGCACGAUCCUAACAGUACCACCCCUUUGAUUGAUAACGGCUUGAAGUACACAAACGAGGUGGACAAGAUGAUAGAUGCUGUUGCAUCGGCUAUGGAGGGAGAAGGCUUCUUUGGAAUUCCCAUAGCCAUUGGUGAGGUGGGCUGGCCUACAAAAGGAGACCCCUUUGCCACCGUCGAGAACGCUAAGAGAUUCAACAACCACCUCGUGGCCCAUCUGACGAGCGGGAAGGGAACACCGAAGCGUCCCGGGGGGGGGGGAGGUUCGGGGGGGGAGGGGAUACGAGCUUACAUCUUUGAGUUGCUGGACGAAGACCUGCGAUCUCUGGACCGGGGACCGUUCGAACGCUCUUGGGGGGUGUUCUACAUGAAUGGGACGCCUAAGUAUCCAAUUGACAUGUGCAAAGGAUGGGAAGAUCCAAAACUGUAUGUGACUUUAGAGGUGCUGGAAUGAUCGUAGAUAAGAAUCCAUCUCAGGGCCCUUGUCAGUAUCUGUGACGGGGGGGGGGUCACAGAGGAGGCCACACAAACAACAGAUCAGAUCAACGGUGUACAGCGACGCUGGACCCGUUUUCCAGCAGACGAUGCUCCCCACCCAUACUAGAUGGAGUCUCGUCUCUCUUGGGGUGCUAGCAGUGAUUGCUUUUUUUUUUUCUUUUUUCUUUUUCCCAAAAAAACUAGUGACCUCUACUACAGGGGGUGGUAGCAGUGAUUGCUUUAAAUUUAUUAAUGCCUCUAGCAAACUGGCCUGGAGUAGCCUGCCAGAGAAGCAAUGCAGGAUGCGGGGCAGCGGGGGGAGAUAAAGGAGGGCGACGAGA